AUGGACCCUGACUGUGCAAUAUGCCACGCUCCUGCAACAAUGGCGUGUGACUGCGAGGCAAAAGGCCUCGAGACAGCCAUUCGUCAAGCCGAAGCACGGAUGAUGCAGAACAUCUAUAACGAAAUCCGGAGUUGGGUCAGGGCUCACGCACAAGACUAUAUUCUCGAAUACUUCCGCCUGCUGACCGACAGGCGCAAGGAAGCCCAUACCGCCCACAUCGACCGCAUCACCCAUCAUGCUGCAACUUACUACCACGCACCGCCGCACCCGGAAGAGCUCAACGCCGCUCAGCAGGCGUUGAAGCUCGGCAUUGACGAGGACUGGCAGACCUCUGUCCAGCGGUACCCUGAGGUCUUACAGUAUUUCUACAGUCUGGUCGAAUUCACUCUUCCUGCCGACGACGAGCCUGGUGUUCGUGACCCUCCACUCUCCGCGCUCGGUGGCAGCCGACAGCCGAUGCCGAAACGUAGGCUGGGCGGCGACGGCGUUCCGACGAUAGCGUCUGGCCACAUGGAAAGAGGACUGCCCGGCAGGAGGACACCGCCCAGCUUCGCACCGUCCAGGGCCGAUCGCCGGACGCCAGGACCCAUGGAGCCGGAGCGGAGGCGCUCUUAUGGACGGGUGCCGCCUGCAAACCCCUACUAUAGCCACCUAGGCCCCUACUAUUGA